AUGUUGCCACAAAUGCUCUGCCCUGUGCUAUGCAGUUCCCUAGCAUCAUCUACCAGAAGACAGUCACCCUACACUAGGACAGUCCCUAUAUUGCUCCACCGGCAGCAAGUUGAAGUGGAUGAUGUGAAGUAUCAUUUGUACCGUAAAGGAUUUGUACCCAAGUAUGAUAGGUGGACAUGUCACGGUGAAAAACAUGAUGGAAGUGGUAGCUCACAACAUUUUGAGCCAUCCACUUUUGAACAUACUAUCGAUCUAAGGAUAGGAGACUAUACUCAAAUGGUGAUGGACGCCGGAGGGCCCGUAUUUGAGUCACGUGUAGUGCACGAUGAAGAGCCUAACCCUGAAGAUAAAAAGUUGUAUGAUCUCCUUCAAGCUGCUGAUGAGGAGUUGUGGCCUGGCUGUAGGAAAGCAACUCUACUAUCUGCUGUGUCAAGAAUGUUGAACAUUAAGGCUGAUUUUAACUUGCCUGAGCGGUGGUAUGACGUCCAGUGCCAGCUUAUGCAUGAUGUGAUGCCGGAGGGCAACCACUUUGUAAAAAACUUCUACGAAACAAAAAAGUUGAUCGAAGGUUUAGGUUUACCAUGUGAGAAAAUUGACUGUUGUCAGUUCGGUUGCAUGCUAUAUUGGAAGCAAGAUGCUGAACUUAACCACUGUAAGAUUUGUGGAAAACCACGGUAUAAAGAAACAAAUGGAAAAGCGGUGGCCAUUCGAUAUAUGUUCUAUCUCCCAAUCACUCCGAGGCUUAAACGGCUUUACGUUUCAUCUCAGACCGCAUCACAUAUGCGGUGGCAUGCAGACCAUCGACAUGCGAAUACCGAUGACAUUUGUCACCCUUGUGACUCAACAACGUGGAAGGAGUUGGAUGCUAAGUACCCUUCCUUUGGAUGCGAGCCAAGGAAUAUUCGGUUGGGCCUCUGCACCGACGGAUUUCAACCGUUCGGUCAAUCAGGACGACAAUACUCUUGUUGGCCUGUUGUUGUUACACCGUAUAAUCUCCCGCCAAAUAUGUGUCUCAAAGAGGAAUAUCUAUUUUUGUCGUUGGUUGUGCCUGGUGGGGCAAAUCCCAAACAAAAGAUAGAUAUUUACUUGCAACCAUUGAUUGAAGAAUUAACAAAUUUAUGGAACAAUGGGGUUGAAACUUAUGAUUCGUCAUUACGUCAAAAUUUCCGUAUGAAAGCUGCUCUUUUGUGGACUAUUGGAGAUCUACCAGCAUACUCUAUGAUGUCAGGUUGGGGUACAUCCGGAAAAACAGCUUGUCCAAUAUGCCAAGACCAAACAACUGCGUUCACUCUUCCGGAAGGACGCAAGCAAUCUUGGUUUGAUACGCAUCGAAAGUUUCUUCCCAGCGACCAUCCUUACCGAUCGGACCGGAAAAGGUUUAAGAAAGAGGAGGUCGAAAGAAUGCCUCCGCCACAUAUAAAAUCUGGUGUGGAGCAAAUUAGAGAGAUAGAUCAGUACGGUUUUCUGAAGGUCACUGAACCAGACGCUGAAGAAAGAAAUACUGAGUUGUCGCACGUAUGCGGAUGGCGGAAAAGAAGCAUAUUUUGGGAUCUUCCGUAUUGGUCGUCGCUUCUCAUUCGACACAAUAUUGACGUGAUGCAUGUCGAAAAAAAUGUCUUUGAAAAUGUUUUUAAUACCAUUAUGGAUGUAAAGGGCAAGACAAAAGAUAAUGCUAGGGCAAGGGCGGAUAUGACUCGUUUUUGUGAUAAAAAAGAACUAGAGUUUGACACUAGAAGACAAUGUUAUCCUUCCGCUGCAUACACGUUAGAUAAGGUCUGUAAGAAAGAAUUCCUACCAUGGGUUGAACAGUUGAAACUACCCGAUGGAUAUAUGUCCAAUGUGGGACGAUGUGUCAACAUGGCUAAAUACCAGAUGUUUGGGAUGAAAAGUCAUGAUUGCCAUGUUUUCAUGCAACUCUUGCUUCCGAUUGGGCUUCGAGAUCUGUUGCCAAAGAAGAUUUGGGAACCGAUAACAGAGUUGAGCAAUUUCUUCAGGCGUUUGACAUCAAAGGUUAUAUCCUCUAGUGACAUGGAGCGAUUAGAAGCUGAGAUUCCAGUGAUUCUUUGUAAGCUUGAGACAAUAUUCGUACCUGGCUUUUUUAACAGUAUGGAACAUCUACCAGUUCACUUGCCUUUUGAGGCAAAAAUAGCUGGACCAGUUCAAUUUCGCUGGAUGUACCCUUUUGAGAGGUUUUUGCGUCGUUUAAAGAAAAUGAUUGCAAAUAAAGCACAAGUGGAGGGGUCAAUCGUCAAUGCUUUUCUUGUUAGGGAGGCAAGUUUUUUCUGUUCACAUUAUUUCGAACAACACGUUUUCACACGUGGGAGGAAUGUGCCGAGACAAGACGAUGGAGGAGUAAGGUCUGGCCCAAAUGUUGGAAUAAAUGUGUUUUCACAACCUUAUCGAUUAGGAGGAAAGCCGAAAAGGCGGUACCUGCUCCCAGUUGAGAAACAGGCGAUGCAAACUUACUUUCUACUUAACGUUCCUGAAUGUGAUGCAUUUAUUUCGUUGUUUGAGGAAGUGUUAAGGCGAGAACAUCCCUCAAUUUCUGACUUCGAAGUUGCUUCACAACUUCAAAACGUUUCACCUCCUGGUUCGCCAAACAUGUGCGUGUUUACAAAAGUCAUGGAACAAGAUAACAUACCGAAAGUAUAUAAGGACAUUGCGCAUGGUCCGUUAGUGGAGGUGACUAGACAUAAUAAGUGCUUCAUCAAUGGCUACCGUUUUCACACUGAAAAAUAUGGUACUAAGAAGGUCUCCUAUAAUAGUGGAGUGUGUGUGGAUUGCGAUGGUCUAGAGUACUACGGACAUAUCAACGAGAUUUUAGAGGUUGAGUUUCCAGCACUACCGAUCAAGCGUUGUGUCUUUUUCAAUUGUGAUUGGUAUGAUCCAACACCAGGGGUUGGAACUAAAAAACAUGAGAAAUACAAUAUGGUCGAAGUCAAUAAAAAGAAAAGACUUCAAACAUACGAACCAUUCAUACUUGCGAUGCAAGCAACACAAGUGUUUUAUCUUCCAUUUUCAAGUAUGAGGAGGGAUAGAGUUGAUUGGUUGGCAGUUUUUCGUAUUAAACCGCGAGGUUGGAUCGAUGUGGGUGGUGAAAUUGCUGAAAAUAGCUCAAAACUAGCCAUCUACCAAGAUGUAAUGGUCGAUACUUGCAGUAUUGAACAACCCACCGAGGGGGAACAAUUGUAUUUGGCCUCAACAGAUGACGGGAAUGGUAUUCCGAUUGAUGAUUCAGACGAAUCCGACGCAAUUGAGGAAGAAAUUUUCUUUUUGAGAUCAUCUGAUUCAGAACAAAAUCAGCAUCCAUCAUCUAGUUCCGAUGAUGACGUAUCCGAUGAAUAG